AUGGAGCCAGGAAGCCACAAACUGGGAAUUGCCACUGUCUCCUUAGGUUGGCACGCCUCCCACACAAUUGAGCGAAAGCUUGACAGCAUAGCCAAACAAGGGUAUUUGGGCGUCGAGAUCUAUCAUCCAGAUUUGGUAUCAUUCGCAGAGCGAAAUGCAUUGACACACUUGCAAGGGGCUUCAAAGAUCGGAGAUCUUUGUAGAGACAGGGGCGUCAAGAUCAUAGCACUGCAGCCAUUGUUCGACUUCGCAGGGGUUCUCACAACACUGGAAACUCGACUCAACUCCGCACGCGAAUAUGUCCGCCUGGCUCGCGCUAUGGGAGCUGAUAUGAUUCAAGUCCCCAGCACCUACGAACCAAGUUCAACUGGUGAUGAAAAAGUCAUUGUGGAAGAGCUCCGUGCCCUGGCCGAUCUAGGCACAGAAGAGUUUCCAGACUCACCAGAGUCCGGAACAAUCUCAUUUGCCUAUGAAGCGUUGGCAUGGGGCAUCCACCAUGCAUCGCUGGACGACGCAAUUCGGAUCGUCAAGCUCGUGGAUCGAGCUAAUUUUGGACUCUGUCUGGAUACAUACCACGUUAUAGCGAGGGUGUGGGCAGACCCGCACGCAUCCAGCACUGGUACGGGUAUCAUACCAGGAGGGUUUGCUGCCCUCCAAGCUACGCUACAGCGUUUCAUGAAUCAAUGUCCGGUAGAAAAGAUCUUUUACCUCCAGCUGAGUGACGCCGAAAGAUUAGAACAGCCACUUUCUCCCGGUCAUCCAGGAUACAAGCCAGAGUGGGCUCAUUGGGAUGCGACCAUGCAUUGGUGCGUCUGGGGGAGACUGUUCCCAUUUGAGACGGAGUACGGUGCCUACUUCCCAUUAGACGAGAUCCUUCGACUUUGGCUAAAAGAAAAACAAUGGGAAGGGUGGGUGAGCAUGGAGAUCUUUCAUCGAGACAUGAACAAGGAGUCGGUUGGGCCAGAAGUGCUUGCGGAGAGAGGCUACAAAUCUUGGUUAAAGAUCAAAGAUCGAGUUGGUCUGGACUAA